CAUGCGCAGUUGGUGGAAGACGGCGCUCUUUCCUCCCCCCCCCACCCAUUCUCCCUGUCUCUUGUCUGAGGGGGGAGGGGACAGCUAAGGUCUAGCAGGGCUCUCCCUAAUUGACAGCGGGACCGGCUUCGGCCGCGUCACCUCGGCAAACACCGCGGGCGAGAAAGAGAGGGGCAAGGAGAGGGAACUUUUUGCCAGGCCCGGUCGUGUGAACCAGGAGAAGAAGGCGCGCAGGCCUCGCUGCCAGCUGCUGUGGCAGAAGUGCUGAGGGAAGAAAUCUGACAGGGACCCGAGGGGCAGGUCCAGGCAGCAAGGGCAGGGAGAGGGAGAGGGCUGUCGGCGUCGGUGGUUUCUCGUCCCUUCCUCAUUCCCCCGUCGCCUGAGAAGGGAGGGACCGCGGGCAGCCCUCGCUGAGGCACCGCGCGCUCCCCUUGAAGCGGCUCACGGGGAAGGAAGGCGAGUUCUCGGGGACCCUUCGCGCCUGUCGCCGCCGGUUCCCGCCCCCCUUCCCGCCGACCAGAGGCCUCCCGUCCUGCCGCCGCCGCCGCCGCCGUCUCCCCAGGUGCCAAGCGGACCAGCGUUGGUCAGCUUCGGGAGGGAGGCGGCGGUGGUGGUGGCUGGAGCAGCCCGUCCGGCCUAUCGGGAGGAGCAGGCUCCGAGCCUUUAGGCCGGUGCAAGGGAGGGCGGUGGGUUCAAGUCCUCGGGUGCCCAUGGAGCCUCCCUCUGGCUCCGUCCGCUGCCGGGCAUGAACCUGGCGCAGCCCGAGGGGGCGGCGGGCGACGGUGGCGAGGAAGGAGAAGAGGAGGAGGAGGAGGAGGAAGGCGGCAUGGAGCUGCCGACGGAGAGCGCCGCUGCCGGCGAGCGGGGAAGGGAGCCCGCGGGAGUUGGGUGCCUGGCGAAAGAAGAGGAGGACGAUGCUGGCGGCCACCGCAGUUGGGAGCAGAAACUGAGCCCGGAACUGCAACAGGGAUAUCGGAUCUUGAGCGAGUUUCUGCUGGAAAAGCACCGGCCCCUGACUGCCCCUUUCCUAAGACCCUUUGGAGGCCGAGAAGCUGAGGAUGGGCAAAGUGGAGCCGCCGCCGCGUCCUCUAAGGAAAGUAGUGGGCAUCAGCCUUCGCGAGAAACUCAGCCGCCGCCUGGGAUGGGGCUGCUUAAAAUGAAAGAGAAGUUUUCCACCAGGCAGUACAGGGCAAUCGCGGAUUUCGUCGCCGAUUUCCGGCUGAUGUUGGAGACGUGCUAUCGGCUGCACGGAGUAGAUCACUGGGUCUCCAAGCAGGCCCAGAAACUGGAGAUGAUGCUUGAGCAAAAAUUGGCAUUACUCUCUCGGCAUUUGAGAGAGAAGACAGCAAUAGCAGUAACAUCUAAAGGGUUCUAUGGGCUGGAAGAUGAGAAGGGGACAGCUUGUACUUCAACAAGGCGUCGCUCUACACCACGCAGUUUAGCAGGCUUGACCACAGGCGUGUUUGAAUCCGUAAUGGUUCAGGUUCUGAGACAGGAAGAGCAACUGAGAGCAAAAGAAGAAAAGAGGCUUCGAGAACAGGAAAGGAAAGAGUCAGAAGAAGCUAGUCACAAAGAAAUUGAAGAAUGGGAGAGAGCCCUUCUAUCUCAAGCAGCACCUACACGGAUGGAAAACAUGUGGGAAAUUCCAGCAAUUGGCCAUUUCCUUUGUUUAGCACAAAAUAUUCUAAACUUGCCUGAAAUAGUUUUUUAUGAGUUGGAGCGCUGCCUUUUGAUGCCCCAAUGUAGUGCUUUUUUGUCUAAAAUAAUGACUUCUUUGUUAAGCCCUCCUCAUCGAAGGUCUACCUUACAUCGAAGGCCAACUCUCCCUUAUAAAACUUGGGAAGCAGCACUUAGACAAAAAGUACAACAGUGGUAUACAGCUGUAGGGCAAACUGACAAUCCUGAUAGUUGUGCAGAAAAGCUUGGUCUUUGUCCUCAGUUUUUUAAAGUGCUUGGAGAAGCUAAUCCUUUGGAGGAAAAACCCUUUCAUGAGCUCCCAUUUUGUCAAAAGGUAUGGUUGCUAAAAGGCCUCUGUGACUUUGUAUAUGAGACCCAAAAGGAUGUACAAGAUGCCGUACUUGGCCAGCCGAUCCAUGAAUGCAGGGAAGUGAUUCUAGGUUAUGAUUACUUAGAGCACGCCUAUGUUCAUUUCCCACAAUUCUGUGGUGCAGAUGUACGGAUUUACAAACAAAAGCCUUUUCAUGCCCCUGAGUUUCCAGUUCCUCUCAUUAGGGUUAAAAGAGUACCAAGGAUUAAAUUAGAGAAAGUGAAAUGUGAAUAUGCCACCAAAAGCAAUGGUGGUAGUGCUAAAGAUGACUUUGCAUCUCAAACAAGGGUAGAACCUGGAAAACCUGGUUCAGCAAGAAUCCAGUCUGAGCUCUUGAAUGUUGUGGCAGAAAAAGAAAUGAAAUCCAGCUGUGAAGAAAAAAUUCAGAAUGACUGUAACUUUAUAACAGACUGCUGUAAAGAAAAUCUAGAUAAGGCAAUUGUUCCAGAAGAGCAUAAUGGUUUGGGUGAGCCUCUUAGCCCAGGAGAAGUUCGGAUUGUGGAAAAUGGAGAAAAAUGUGUCGAAUCUUCAACAGUGAAAACAGAGACCACCCCUUUAAAGGAGAACAAUCUUAAAAUGUGUCUGAUGAAUGUGAAUGGGAAUCACAGUGAUAGUCCAGAUGUGAAUUGCCACAGAGUUCCUAAAGAGGUGACCUCAGAGCAUUCUAUAGGAAAAAAAACACUAAAGUUUAGUAAAUUGCGAGCGAAGAAGAAGAAGAAAAAAAAGAAGCUGAAAGAAAUUUUGAAUGAAAAUCUUCAGAGAAAGCGUGAGAUUCACCUCCACUCAUUGAAAUCUUACAAACCUGAGAUACAAAAUAAGUUGCUCAUGAUGAAAAAGAAAGCCAAACACAAGAAGCACAAAUCUGGAAAGAAAUCCAUUUCUAAAAAAGCAAUUACCAAGAAGAGGAAAUCUGCUAUAAAACCUACUGUCCCAGAAUUUCAGCUUAUUUGCACUAAUCUUGAUGAACUCAGGGAAUUGAUUGGAAAAAUUGAAAAUGAACUCAAAGAUGUUGAGAACAUUAAAAAGAAAUCGGGAAGGUGGUAUCAGCGAAAACAAGCUGUAAAAGAACUACACUGUACUCUAAUACGACUGUUAAACGAAUUGUUACCAUGGGAACCAAAACUAUUGAAGGCUUUUCAAAGAAACAGGUCUCGAUUAAAAAAAGACUAUGAUGACUUCAAAAGGCAACCGGAUCAUGAUAAAUUUACUAGAGAACAGUGGACUAAUGAGGAUAGCGAAAUACAUACUGGCAAAGAGGUUUCCAGUUCAUUAGCCAGUGAACCUUCAGAGCACACAGAAUUUCUGAAAAGGGAUUGCACAAACUCGGAGGACAUGAAAUUAUCAGAAACGGAUCUUGCUGCAGGAAAAUCCAGACCAGUAAGAAAAGAACUGAAUUGUAAAGAAAUUCAAAAGACAGUGCCUAGAUCUCUUAAACGCCAGUUGAAGCAAGACUGUCACCUGGAUGACAGCACAAAUGACUUUUCACCAAGAAAAAAGCUGAGAUUAAGCACAAGUGAUUCUCUAAUCCAUAGUACAGACAAUGACCUGUCAAUUGAUGGUUGCUUGGAUAAGAAAAUAGAAUCCUCACUUUCAGAACCAUUGAAUAUGACAGACUCUCCAACAUCAAAUUUAGUAAAAGGGACCAAACCCAUCCAGGCCUUACUUGCUAAGAAUACUGGGAACAAAGUGACCUUAACGAGUCAGCUGUCACCCACUGCAGGUAAAAACAUUUUGACAUCUGAAAAGCUGAUAAUGUCAACUAUGGGCACAUCCCCAGUCAAACCUAUGUUGCCCAGCCAGAGCAGCUCAAAGAGUCCUUUACAAGUAUUAUAUAAAAUUCCAGGUGGCCACUGUGUGCCAAUAGACCUGCAUAACAAUUCAGUGAAGAUUCAGAUGCAGCCUAUGACUGACUGUAAAUUCUCAGAGAAAAACAUUGGAGAAAAGAUCAUGCAGCAAGUCCUUAUUUUGCCUAAAAAUUUUCUUAUUCAUCACAAAGAGAAUAAAAGUGGAGCAAAAGGAACACCACUGUUGCAGCAAAAGACUACUGAACAGCACUGCAUCUCGCUGCCACAGCCAACAGCUUUCGACACUACUCUAACACCUACUCUUCCAGUUUCUACUGCAAAUCCUGCUACCGCAUUUUUGCCUGGCCCAAACUUUAGAAAGAAUAAUACACAUUUGCCACAGCAAGCUAAUGUAGUGAACAGAUUUUCAGCAUUGCCCUCUAUAACCUCCACAAGUAAUGUGGUGACAUCAGUCGUGAAAACAAGCGAAAGUGAGACCACUAAAACUAAGACAGUAAUUUUGGCUGCAUCUUCUCCCGUUGCUUCACCCACUUUUUCCUCAACUGUUCAGACUUUGACAACAACACUACCACAGAGCGUUUCUGCAUGCACCAGCAGUUCUUCCCUGAGACUAGCAUCUCCACAAAAAAGUGUUGAUAUGGGUGACGCUAAGCAAGAAUUGAAAACCAUCUGUAUCAGAGAUUCACAGUCUAUUCUUGUUACAACACGAGGUGGGAACACAGGAAUUGUUAAGGUGCAGACAAAUGCAGAACAGGUUUCCCCUUGUAGCUUAUCUCCAAGUUCUGUUUUUACAUAUGCACCUCAGCUUCAGGCAUUUUUAGUGCCCAAAUCCACACCACUGUCAACCUCUACUGUUUCAACUGUAACAACCACCAUACCUUGUUCCCCAACACUUAUCCAGUCCUCUUCCACAACCUCUACUUCCAAUUCAACUGUUGCUCCCUGUAUAAAUCAAGCAGCAGGGAAAAAUAUGACACUUGCAUUUGGACAGCAGAUGUCACAAACUGGUAGUAACAUGGGUCAUGGAGUGCAAAAAAAUGUACACGUCUCCUCCCCUACUUUCCUGUCUCCCGUAGCCUCCAACAUUGUUAUGCCACCAUCAAACAGCUCUGGUAAUGCAAUUAACAUUUCUUCAGGACCCAUUGGACAGAAUACAACAUGUACUACACACAGUUCUUUUACUAAUCAGCAGAUCAGUAUAAGUAGUACAAAAUGUCCUGCUUCACAACCUGAAUCCAUGCCUAUAACCACUGGAAGUGUGAUGAGUGGUGCACAGAUUCAAAAACUUAUGUUGGUCACAAAUCCCCCCCUUCUUCCUGCCUGUGGGACUACAGGAGUCAAUCUAAUCCCUGCUCCAGCAUCCACUGGCACUACUGCACAGAAACUGGUUUUCAUUAAUACUCCACUUGGCAGUAUUCAAACAAACACUAAUUUAACUGCAGAAUCAUUUAAGCAGACUUUCCCUCCUGUGGGUAAAGCAUAUAUUAAAAGCACAGAGCAGCCUCAGUUAGUCCUCAUUCCAUCUACUGUGGGAGCAUCCAUUAAAGUAAAUACGUCACCAACUGUUUCUCAAAUAAAAGAUGUAAAAAUAGGACUUAACAUUGGUCAGGCCACUAUAAAUAGCACAGGUAAUGCUCAGAGUGUUCCAUCAAUUAACAUUAUGCAGUCUACAUCUUCAAAAGAUAGAGAAGAUAAAAAUAGCCAGGAUUUAUUUGUGCCAUUGUCAACAAGUGGUGCUUUGGUUCCUGUUUGUUCAAGUUUGUCUUGUCAGAAUACUGCACCUGACAAAGAAUCUCCAUAUGUUGUAACAAGAGCAUUAAAUAUAUCUACAGUACCAGCAAACACACAUUUAGAUUCUACUUCUGUGCCAUUAAGUGGGAGUACUACUGGAACAAGGCCUACCAUCUUGAGUGGUGGAAUAGAUACAUCAGCAAAAAUAGCACCCAUUUUAACAACUCGAUUGCGCACUUCUAGUGUUGGAAAUACUGUGGCUAUAUCAACUGUGAAAACCGGGCACCUUGCCUCAUCAGUUCUGAUUUCAACGACUCAACCAGCAGUUUGUCAUCCGAGUUUCUCAUCUAGUUUCCAGCUACCAGUUACAGUUGCCUUGCCUGGGCUGUUGAAUGGUGCACCUAAAAUGGUACACACAGUCCCUCAGUUGCCAGCAGUUUCACCUCCUGCACAAUGUAUGGCCCUUUCAAAAGGUCAGCAACCUACACUUGUCCAAUUUCAGUCACCAGGAAUUCCAGCUGCAGUACCAAUAAAUGGAGGUGCUCAGAAACCUCAAACAGUGUUGCCCCCUAAUGCUCCAAAUACAGGCAAAGUAAUUGGUUUUCCUAAUAUAGUUCCCCUGCCUUGCCAGCUUCUGCCUCCUAAUUUUGUAAAGCCUGUUCCUGUUUUCACUUGUACUCCUGGUGCAUCUACCACUCAAACUGCCCCGGCUUCGUCACCAGUAGCUGGUAAUAUAGGAGGACAAUUGAAUGAGCCUUGUAUUCAACAGAAAAUAAUUAUUAACACUUGUUCACCUUUGGCACCUGGAACUCAGAUAAUGAUCAGCGGAACCCGUUUCAUUGUUCCACCUCAGGGCCUUGGAGCUGGCAGCCAUAUUCUUCUCAUCUCAACCAAUCCCAAAGCUGGACCUGUUUUAACUGUUAGUAAUGGAAAUGGGUUUCAAGGUUUAUCCCAUGCUUCUUCCUCUCCCCAGAAGAUGACAGAAGUGUUGAGUAAUGUGUCAAGUUGGCAGCCAUCAAAACAACCUUUGAAAAGCUUUACCAAAAUUGUAAACUCCCUUGGCACUGCAAACCCUCUGCCUAUUGUACAUGCAACGCCACAGAUAAUGAACAAUGGUGCAAAACCAAGCACUCCAUCUUUUCCAACAACACUGUCUACAUCUUUGGUAAAAGCCACCCCAUCAACUAGUGUAGCUAAAACAUCUUUGGCUGAUACAACUCAUGCUAGUGACUCACAGCUACAAAACAAUACCUCUGUAUUGCAGCUAGACACUUCUAUCAAAAAAUUGAUGGUCAGCCCAGAAGGAGCUAUUUUGAAUGCUAUAAAGGCUUCAUCAUCAAAAUCUUCCUCUAUGCCUUCAUCCUUCUCUCCAGACAUAAUUUCUACAACCAGAAAUCCUCCUGUUGUCUUCCCUACUUUUCUAAAUUCCAGCAUAGGUGUACCUGACACAGCUGCCUCUUGAAUUUAAAGUAAAUGAGCUGUUAAAAUGUUGGAACAUUAUUUCAUACAUGGAAGUAAUUUAUAAUUGUUUUAAAAAAUAGUGUGCUAUUUGCAAAUACACACGGGGCUGAAUCCAAGAUACAUGGUAACCAUUUGGAGCAGGUGGAAGCAGCCAGGUAAAAGUCAGCGCUGUUUUGCGUGCUGCUGGGAACUCAUGGGUUGAAUGGAGACAGGAUUCUGCAUAUCACUUGGCUGGUUUGCUGUUCCCUGGAAGCUUCUACAUGUUAAAGUUUCAAAACAUCUAUCAUAUGCCCAUGGUUGGGGGCUUUGGUGUGUGAAUAAGGUUAUAGUUGACCUUUGAAAAAAAGCUUCCUAUUAGAUUGCAGGAGUUUUCAUGUUUCCCUUUUUUUUAAUUGUAGAGAAAAAAUCUCUUAAAAUAAUUUUCAGAGCUGUGCAUUCAAGUUUUUUUUAAAAUUUAAAUGGUCAUAGAAGCCACCUGUUGAGACAUGUUGUGCAAAACAAUGUUGAUUCUUGGUUAGCACAUUUACAAGAAAAUGCUUCUCACAAUUUAAAUAGUUUCCCAGUCUCAUUUAUAAACGGUACAGUACACUUUUGUUUUGCAAAUUUUGCUUUGUUUUUUUAAAGAACACAACAUAUUUAUGCAUUGUAAAAUGCAGUCUGCUAUGUAAAAAUGUACAUAUCCCUGAUUCCCUAACCAUAUGUACUAAAAUAUGUGUAAAAAGAACUACUCUGUCUUAUUUAUGAUUUGUUUACAUAAUGUAUAGUUUUUUAAGUAUUUUAGUAAUUUUGGACAAGUGUACUGUUUAGCAAUAAUGCAGAAGAAUCUGCAUGUAAUAAUAAACAAAGUUGAUGUAUUUUUGCUUGAUGAUAGCGUCACUGUGGAAAAUGAUACUUGAUAUCAUAAGGUUAUGUAUGUAUGUGCAUUAAGAAAUUUAAGGUGUUGGGGUUUUCAGAAUUGUUGUAAGCCCAAACACACUUACUGCAACACAAAUUUCAUUAAAACUAGUGGGAUUUACUGUCAAGUAAAUGUGCCUACAGUUAUAA